GUUACACGGAGACAAAUUUCGUUCGUUUGAAACAAAAAUAUUCAUGUUUAUUCGGUAAACUGAUAAAAUAUUUAAAACUAAAAUAUUAAUUUUUAAAACAAACUCAAUUACAUAUUGAUUUCUACAAUACCCAUUGAAGAGCCCCCCGUUCCGCCGUCGAGAACAUAAACAAAACUCUCAAGUUCCAGCUGUAUCACCAAACAAGAUUUCCUCUUGCAAAAAAGGCAAGCUUCACCAAAAGUUUCCACGAAAUCCCAUUGAUUUCGGGAGCGUAUGUUAUCUACAUGAUGUUGGCAUUGAAAGUGCCACGCGGGAAGUGGAUUUUCCUAGAGAAGGAAAUAAUUUUGUAAAUUUAAUUGGAAAACAAAUAUUUCCGUAGGGCCGACCUGCCACAAAAAAAAACAAAAAAAAAUUACAUUUGUUUCUAACAUAACCAGUCAGAAGAUACAUGUUUGUUUCAAAAAUGGAUUGAAUUUGCUUCAAAUGUGACGUUCGAUUUGCCCCAAACAGUUUUAUUUUUGUUGCCAGAACAAAUUGACAAUUUAUUUGAGUUUACCUGAAAUAUUUUUGAUUUUACCAUGCUUUUUUCUGCGUGUAGCAUUGAAAGUGCCACGCGGCUGGUGCGGGUUUGCACAUUUGGCAAAGCGUCUACUGAAACCUUCACAGCAUGCAGAGGCUGUUUGAUUCAGUUUGAUAUGAACUUGUCCACGAUGACGUCGCACUCCAACUGACACCAUGCUGUGACCGGGUAACUGCACGCAGAAAAAAUAUGGUAAAAUCAAAAAUAUUUGAGUUAAAUUCAAAUUUGUUCAGGCAACAAAAAUAAAACUGUUUGGAGCAAAUCGAACGUCACAUUUGAAGCGAAUGAAAUCCAUGUUUGAAACAAACAUGCGUCUUCUGACAGGUUAUGUAAGAAACAAAUAUAAUUUUUUUUGUUUUUUUUUUGCGACAGGUUGGCUGAAAUAUUUGUUUUCCCAUUCGAUUUAAUUUUCCACGCUGAAAAAACACCUCCAGCGUGGCAUUUCCAAUGCCAACACCAUGUAGAUAACAUACACUCCCGAAAACAACAGGAUUUCGAGGAAACUUCUUGUGAAACAUGAUUUUUUUGCAGCAGGAAAUCUGAUUUGGAGUGGAAGCUAGAACUUGUGAGUGUUUGUUUAUGUUCUCGACGGUGGAACGGGGGGCUCCUCAAUUGGUAUUGUAGAAAUCAAUAUGUAAUAGAGUUAGUUUUAAAAAUUAAAAUUUUAGUUUUAAAAUUUUUAUCAGUUUACCGAAUAAACAUGAAUAUUUUUGCUUCAAACGAACGAAAUUUGUCUCCGUGUGCGAGUACUGACCAAAUAAAUUUGCAAAAAUAUAGUUGUGCAACUCCGAUCAUUACUCGAGUGGCAAACAUGUACAAAUAAGAGUUUGCUUAUUGUUUGUCUUUCGUGUACUGACCAUAAGGCAAUCCAUGAGACAGAUGCGAUCAGCUGAUUUUCUUUGUUUACCAUGUAUUUUUGACAUCUGACGAUCGGGGUGACAUCACAGUUUCAACCCCAACACGACUUCGGUUUCGCUUGUACCACAGACAAACAGACGUAACACUUGCGAAAUUUCCAUCGACAACGCUUUUAACGAUCAUUUUUAAUUUUUAUAGUUGUGGGUUUCACGACCAGAGGCGCGCGCAUCGUUUUUCUAUGCGUUUGACGUUUCACACUAGCGCCUUCUGUUGACGAUAUGGCACAACACAGUGAUUCGUGCAACUUUUCCACCAGGUGAUGGUAGUGUGAACUGGGCGAUGUAUUUCCAUGAAAAUUGUUCAAGCUGUUACGUCUGUUUGUCUGUGCUUGUACUUGUAAACUUCUUGAAAUAAUGAAGAAAUGCGAUGUUUUGCUUUAGAGUGUAAUUGUAGUUGGGUAGAGUUGGGUGUAGAGAUUUGGAGAGCGGCCCCUCACACACCGAGAUGAGCAGUUCGAGAAAAAUUGUCAACGCGAAGACAACUAAUAAAAAUUUGUUUGAGUUUAUUCAGCGUGUUUUGUUUGCCAUCCGGUUCCCCGUCUUGAGAUUCAGAAGUGGGAUUCCCCCGGACGUACCGGCGGUGUAUAGCGAAAGAUCCAGAGCAGAAACUCCGACGGAUUUGGAGUGCGACGACGGAUCGUAUUACACGAUGCUAGUGACGAGAAACAUGGCGGCCAAGAAAAAACAGCAGCAAUCGGAGGACGAGCCCUUUUUUGACGUCACAAGCGACGAGACGGACGACGAUCGAACCGACGGCGAAAGGCGAGGCGUCGCAAUGCAAACACAACCACCAACACUAACAACCGACUUCGCUCUUCAUCCGCACGACGUUGGUAAAUUGAUUCCGGAGUAUUCAGAAGGCGACGGCGUAGUGAAAUGGUUACGCCGGAUCGAUCAUUUCCGCGUUUUGUACGGUUGGUCGGAGCAAGUAUGUUUACUAUACGCUUCAACUCGUCUAAGCGGCGCAGCGGCUAAUUGGUACCGGAGACACGGGGAGCAAAUUUUCAACUGGAUGCAGUUCAAGGAUCAGGUGACAUUGGCCUUUCCUGAAACCUUCGACGAAGCGGAUAUACAUCGACAAUUGGAGGCGGUAAAGAUUGAGAAGGAUGAGUCGUACGAGUCAUAUGUUUAUCGCGUCGACGCCAUGGCACAAAAAGGCGAUUUCAGCACUUCAGCGACGAUGAAGUACAUCAUCAAAGGAUUACGUUAUGACAAGGUGUACUCAAGUUUACUCUCGAUGCAAUUCAAAUCGACCCUGGAAAUGUUGCGUCAUAUCAAGUGGGUGGCGUCUAAUUUGAGUAUGGUCCCUCAAGCGCCUUCAAGAUUCGUUAAAACCGCUCCCAUCUCCACGAGUGAACCGGUUGGCCGGGUCAGCAGUGAGGUAACUUGCUUCAACUGCCGAGAACCUGGCCACAAAUCCAUCGACUGUCCAAAACCUCAACGUAGAGAGCGGUGCGGCAGGUGUUUGAAGGUCGGCCAUAUGACGGAGAAGUGUUUUUCGGCGGUGCAAAAGAAGCCAUAUCAGGUGGGGCCGAAAGUGGCAGGACGAAGUUCAACGAAUGCAGUGUUCCAGGGUGGCUCGUUGAAUGCGGUAGCAGUGGAUGAAUCAUCUCAGGCGAUGGUGGAGUUGGAUGUGGCUGAGAAGCGCAUCCGUGCGUUAGCUCUGGUGGAUUCAGGUAGUUAUGCUAGCCUCAUAAAAUCAAAUUUGCUACCCUCUAAGAUUUCGGUUAGACAAACAAGAGAGGAGAUCGUGGGUAUAAAUAAUUCAAAAGUAAAAGUUGUGGGUGAGUGGAACAGUUUUGUAUAUAUUGGCCAAAACCAAUUUACUGCACGGUUCUUGGUCGUGUCAGAAGACACUAUGCAAGUAGGGUUGAUAUUAGGUAGAAGCUUUCUCAGGGAGAAUCAAAUUCAGUUUAUAACAUUUCCAGCAAACGCUCUUCCAGAAUUGGUUGAUAAUCCGUCGAAGCUUUCUGAUUGGUCCAUGUUUGGGAAAAUGGGGUCGACAUGCACUUUUCAUGCCGAUUAUGCGAAUCUUGAUGUGGGUGACGAUAACGAGACGUAUUCUUUUCGGCAUAAACUUGAAGAGGUUUUGAAGGUAAGUUAUUUUGAACGCCAACGACCGGCAGCUCCCUUGGUCAAGUACCAAGCGGAAAUACGUUUGAAGGAAAACAAAGUCUUCUCCGCUACGCCACAAAGACUUAGUGUCGUUGAAAAGAAUGAGCUUGAUAAAAUCAUUGCUGACUUGUCAGCGGAGGGCAUAAUCCGGGAAAGCGAUUCGCCGUAUCCCAAGCAACACACAUGUUAUAUAAGAGUAAUGACAGCGCAAGUUUUGGUUGUAUAGAAGUUAAUUUUACGUAAUUCUAACAUUGUGUUGGAAUAACGUCAAAUAAACUUCUAUACAACCAAAACUUGCGCUGUCGUAACUAAUAUAUAACAUGUGUGUUGCUUGGGAUACUUCGCGUGUAGUGCUGACCAAGAAAAAAAAACAAUACUUACCGUAUGUGUGUGAAUUACAAACCACUGAACAGAAUCGUCGAAAGAAAUCACUUUCCCAUGCCAGUGAUAGAAGAUCGAAUUUUGAAGCUUCAGGGAAAACGUUAUUUUUCAUCACUGGAUCUCAAAAAUGGAUUCUACCACGUUGAAUUAACCGAAGAAAGUAAGAAGUACACUUCCUGUGUGACUAACAGCGGGCAAUACAAGUUCAAUCGUUUGCCUUUUGGGUACGCUAAUUCCCCAGCGAUGUUCGUAAAGUAUAUAACUAAAGUGCUUGAUCCAUUCAUUCGGGACGGGAGAAUAGUGGUGUUCAUUGACGAUAUGAUGAUCGCUUCGAAAAGCGUUGAAGAGCAUCUUCAAACGUUGAGUAAGGUUUUGCAAGUUCUAUCGGACAAUCACUUGGAACUUCAGCUAUCUAAGUGUCAUUUUUUGAAAACGCGUACAGAAUAUCUUGGUUACGAUGUCAAGUUCAACAGUAGUCAACCGAGUGACCGGCAUAUUGAAUCUAUUCGCGAGUUCCCGAUUCCAAUUGAUCGAAGAAGUCUUCAACGUUUUCUCGGACUUGUUAAUUACUUCAGAAAGUUUAUUAGCGGGUUCAACAUUUUGGCGGCUCCGUUGUACGACUUGUUGAAGGAAGAUCGAGAGUUUGUAUUAACAAGGAAUCAUCUAGAGGCGGUAAAGAAGCUAAAGCAAGCACUGAUUUCUAAACCAGUUCUACGAAUCUAUUCUCCAACGGCGGAAACGGAGCUUCAUACGGACGCUUCUUCGGCAGGCUACGGUGGUGUACUACUACAACGACAAACAGAUGAUGGGUUGAUGCAUCCGAUUAUGUAUUUCAGUAAGAAAACGUCGCCAAGUGAGUCAAAAUUGCACAGUUUCGAGUUGGAGACCUUAGCAAUCGUGUACUGCCUCCAAAGGUUCCGUAUUUACUUGUUCGGUCUACGUUUUAGAAUCUUGACAGAUUGUAACUCCCUAAAGCAAACGUUGGAAAAAAAGGAUGUUAAUCCCAAAAUUGCUUGUUGGGCGUUAUACCUUGAACAGUUCGACUUCGAAAUAUUGCAACGGUCGGGAUUGAAGAUGCAACAUGCAGAUGCACUCUCACGGGUAAACGUGCAUCUAAUUGAAGAGGAUUAUCGGACGGUGUCUUCUGUUUUUGAGAAUGCCCUUUAUGUUGCUCAGUUGCAAGACUCAGCGGUGGAAAAUUUGAAGCAAGCGGUGAGUUUGGGAUCAUUGAAAGAUUAUGAAGUUCGGGAUGAGAUUUUAUACAAGAAAGUAGGUAACAAGUCCUUGUUGUAUGUACCCUUACAAAUGGUUCCAUCGGUUAUCAACAAGUUCCACAACGACAUGGGACACUUCGGAGUGGACAAGGUUUGCGGAUUGAUCAAAAGGACAUACUGGUUCCCUCGUAUGCGAGAACAGGUGCAGGAUCAUGCCAAGUGUUGUAUUUCUUGUAUUGCAUUCAAUCCUCGCAACAAACGCUACGAUGGAGAACUUUUCAGCGUAGAGAAGCCCAAAGUUCCAUUUGAAGUGUUGCAUAUUGACCAUCUCGGACCAUUGGAGAAGGGAAAGGGAAAAAAUGAGUACAUUCUAGCUGUAGUAGAUGCUUGCACAAAGUUCAUCAAACUGUAUCCAACGAAGACGACCAAAACAACUGAAGUCAUGAAAUCUCUUCGAAGUUAUUUCCACACAUAUUCGACUCCAAAGGUUUUGAUAUCUGACCAAGGCACUGCGUUUACGUCGCAUGCCUUCAAUAAAUUCAUAGCAGACCAUGACAUACGCCAUGUCAAGGUUGCGACGGCAUGCCCCAAAACCAACGGACAGAUCGAGAGAUAUAAUCGAACUAUGAUGCCAUUGAUUAGCAAGCUCGUCGAGGAGACAGGUGACAGAUGGGAUUCGAUCAUUACCGACGCGGAAUAUAUGCUUAAUAAUACAGUCAAUAGAGCAACUGGAAAGACCCCAGCGGUGUUGCUCUUCGGAGUGAAGCAACGAAGACGGAUUGACCAUGACCUGACGCAAUAUUUAUUGGAAUUGAAUGACGAACCGGAAAAGCAAGAGUUAAACUCUCUUCGUGAUGAGGCUGCUGAGCACAACCAGCGUCAACAAAAUUACAAUAAGCGAAUGUACGAUAGGCAUUGCAAGAAGAAUACCGGCUAUUCUGAAGGGGACUUGGUGAUGUUGAGGAGAGUAAAUGUACCGGGAGAAAGGAAUAAACUUAAACCGAAAUUCCGUGGGCCAUAUAUUGUAAAGAAGGUUCUGGAUAAAAACCGAUAUGUGGUGGGGGAUCUUGAUAAGUUUCAAGUAACGGGGGCGCGGUUUGAAGGGAUAUUCGAUCCGUUAAACAUGCGGCUAUAUCAGAAAGCGAAAGACGAAGAAAUGAAAGCUAGUGUAUUAGAAAAAGAAGAAGAACAAUAUCAGGAUGUUCAGUUUUUGGAAGAUGAAAAAGAAGACAGUGAGUUAGAAGAAGAAGAGGGGUAUCAGAAUGUGGAGUAUUUGGAGGAAGAGGAUACAGAUGUUGAUUACGAAGAUAUUGAAUAUUUGGAAGAUGAAUUUGAGUAAUUUCUUUGCAGAUGAAUAAUUUGUGCAGGAUGGCCGAGCUGUAAGCUUCUUGAAAUAAUGAAGAAAUGCGAUGUUUUGCUUUAGAGUGUAAUUGUAGUUGGGUAGAGUUGGGUGUAGAGAUUUGGAGAGCGGCCCCUCACACACCGAGAUGAGCAGUUCGAGAAAAAUUGUCAACGCGAAGACAACUAAUAAAAAUUUGUUUGAGUUUAUUCAGCGUGUUUUGUUUGCCAUCCGGUUCCCCGUCUUCAUACUAAAAUUUGGUUGAGUUUGUUUGACGUUUGUUUGUUUACACAUUUUCCGCCAAUCCAGUUCCAACCCAGGUUCAAAAACGAUUUUGACAUUUGUUAAGUUGUACUCACACUACACUGAAAAACAAGAGAACCCAAAAUUGAGUAUUUUUAAACUCACUUUUGAGUUCUUUUUGCAUCCUGUUUCAUUCGCUCUCUUUAUUGUUGUCAGAGAGUGAAUAGCAAAACAACCCAACUUUGAGAGUUCGAUGCGGGAAGCCAAAAUUGAGUAAGUGGCACAGUACCGAAAGUUGAGUAAUUUUAACUGACGGUUGAGUAAAAAGAACCUUGACUUUAGGUACUUUGGCCGUAUACGCCUAAAUGCAAACUACCUACCUAAACAUCGACUCCAGCAACUCAAAAUUGGCUUCCCGCACGCAACCUCGAAGUUGGGUGGCAUGAACUCACUUUUGGGUACUAUCGUUUUUCCGUGUAUGUUUACACUUUUGGCUGUCACCCCCAUCGCGAAAAGUCGCCAUGGAUUGCCUUAUGGGAUUUUUCAUUUGACGUCUUAAAUCAGCUGAUUUUUCGGGCCUUUGGCAGUUCUCAUAUGAAAAUGACAGUUUAGCGUUUGCGCCUUUGUUCGGCAGUUGUAAACAGUGGCAUACACGGACCUAUCAGCUGAAAAGGCCUAUUGACAAAUAAUAGAGCUUGCUGACGUUUAUUCACCUUUCUCUUUCAAACAUGUAGGCGGAAUAUGAUUUGUUGUCAUCAGGAAAGGUUUCCCGAUGAAAACAAAUCCUAUCCCGCCUGCAUGCUUGAAAGAGAGAGCCAAAUAUUUGCGAAAACAACAAAAUAAAUUUGCCAGCAUACACAGGUUUGUUAAAGUGGUCUUCAGAAGCAGAACGCUGGGAUACGAUGCAGUCUUGUGUGGCAGUGGGAAAAUCAGUUGAAUAUGCAACUUAUAACUUUAAUUCGAAGAAGGGGAUGAAAAAAAUCGGCAAUGGUGCUUACGUACUUAUUCAAGGAAGUGCUUGAAUAGCGGGUAGAGUUUUCAUUAUAAGCUCUCACCAUGAAUAAAUAUAUAUUAUUGACAGCAUUGAUACUCGCCUGUUUGGAUACUUUGAUGGCGUACGAUCCAGAUGAUGCCGAAUUAAAAACUGUAAUUCCAGCCAAUGGCACGUUUGCUGCUUUUUAUCCUCGUGAAAUGUUUGGAAAUAGAAACGGCAACGCAAGAGCUCCGUUCGCUCAUGGUAGUUUUUAUAAAAACAGGAAUCCAGCACUAGUUGAUGUCCGUAAUGCAGCAGCUUAUGGAUAUCGUUUUGAUGGCAAGCGGAGGUUCAACUAUUCGUGAUAUUUCACAUAUAAUGUUAUUUUUAUUAGCCACGAAGGCCAAGCAGUAAUGCAUUAAUGACUCAUACUAUAUGUAUGAAGCAUGAAAGUUGAUUGAAGAUUUUGCUUUUACAAAGUACCACAUUAUUAUUUGAUGAACACUAUCGAAUUAGUUUAUUAGCUUACAAUAGUUAAAGUUAUCUCGUUGUAAAUUCAUUUAACACUAAUAGUUUAUUUUUGUAAUGUGCAUCUGAAUAUUGAUUUAUACAAAUAAAUUCCAAAUUGAUUUUGAUUAAUA